CACUUCUCUGAUAGGUCGUUAUAUACGUCUUCCUCCUUCCAAACAGUUGAUAGUUCUGUGAGGGGCAUGGUAGAUCAUUCACUGGAUCCAACAAUGUGUAUUCGCUUUUAAGGAUCUUUGUGAAUUUUAACACCCAGUAUAGGUCCUAAUAUGGCAUCUAAGUAUGCAUCUACUGCGCAGACAACCAAUGCAGCAAGGUUGUCACGCGCCAUUAUUGAUCCAUGCACGGAUUUGUAUAGGGAUAUUUUGCGUAUGCAUAUACCUGAAAUGCAGUUUUCAACAAUGCUGGGAACAAUGAAAAGUAAACUCUCUAAACAUAUUAACAAAGAACAAAAGGCACUGUUGUUUCCCCAUAAUGGACAGUUUAAUGGGACUUAUAACGAUUUCGACCUCGUUUUGUUAUACAGUAUACUGCGAAAUGUAAGUGGUAUAAAAGCUCACAAUAAUGGAUGGGGUAACACUCCGAGUUCGACAGACCGUUCCGAAUCCGCCAACAUAGAUCGGAUAAGGGAGAUUAGGAACAAAUAUUGUGGCCAUCAGCUCUGUUCCUCUCUUGCUAAUGCAGAGUUUAAAAAAGUUUGGACAGAACUAAAACAGAUCGCAAGUGAGUUAGAUUGCUACGUUUCAGGAGGAAAUAACACUUACUUGAACGCAAUCAAACUUCUUGAAAAGGAACCUAUGGACCCGGAGCUUGAAGAGAUGUAUCUAAGCUGCAUCGACAAUCAACACAAAAGUAUAUCUGAUAUACAAGGGAAACGAAUUCAUUUAACAGUUGAAUUACAAAGACAAGGAGGAGAAUUGGACAAACUUCACGAAGCAGAUCAAGAACAUGAGGAUAUCGUUAGAAAAAUGGGGAAAAAACUGAAGAAAUUAUCCCGAAAACAGCAGGCGGUGAUGAAAAUUCAAAAGAGUGGAAGAAAAGUGUACAGUAGGGGACGAAACUCAUCCUUCAUCUCUAGGAGGGACAGGGUAUAUGAGCGUGGGCGUGGACAACAACGCUACUCAGCUCCCAGAAAAAAGGGACGACUCCGUCAUGAACUAACAGAACAUGAAAGAAAAGACCCGGAUCUUCAUAUAGGGGUACGGACUACUGAGAUGACAACAGCAUAUCCUGAGGAAUGGAUAGCGAAUGCAUGGGGAAGGCAGCCAUUCCGCAUAAACAAAUUAUCUCAAAGAUCACAUGGAAUAUUGGAAUCUGAUUCUCAAAGCUAUAACCCAAACUGGUGUGUGUGUGAGAAAUGCAGAGAAAUGCCAUCAAAAGAAGAAAAUGUCUGUUGCAGACAGACCCCUCAAAACUGCAUAUCAACAGAUAAAUUCUUCGAUUUGCUACUGGACCUAAGAUACAGGCAAACCAUCAUGUCAGCUUGGGAAAGGAAUGACAUGAAUCGUAGAAUUCGACAAGAUGCUUACCAAAGGUUUACCCAUUUCAUGUAUGGCCACUUGGGUGCAGGCAAAAGGCGGGUAAUACCAAGUUGUUGCGUUUGGAGGAUAAGAGACCACUAUCCAGACAGUGUGGGACAAUAUACGGGCUUUGUUAGAGUUCACGUUCGAUAGAUGCACUAUCAAUGAGUCAAUAAGAAUAUAAAUUAAAACUAAACGUCCAUAUGUUCAUCAAACAAUAUAUGUUUUCUUUCCAUUUCUUGCAUCAAAUAUUUUCUAUUGUUGUGAAAUGAUUGCACUUAGCAAAACAAAAACCAUUUAAUUUGAACAACUCCGAAAAUUGAAAAAUGUUACAAAGGACCUACCAACUUUAGCUGUAGUUUGGGGCCCCUUUUUACCAUCUCGCUUUUCAAAGAAAAAAAAUGAUUUAUCCAUUUCACGUUUUGGUAGAUAUUAAAUACUGGUGUAUCUCCAGUAAGUGCACAGUCCUUUUCCCCUUAGAUAUUGGGGGAUAAGGGUAGAAAACUAAGUUUUAAAUGGUCAUCCUUACCCUGAAAACUACAGAAUUACUAUCCGAUGUCUCUACCGGUAAAUUGGUAAAAAAAAAAAAAAAGUACAGAUUUUUAUUGUAUUUAUUUUUGUGAAUUUCAUCACCAGCACAAGAUUGUUUAGUCUUGCCUUUCGGGUCUAAUUUCCUUAUUGCAAAAACGACUUACAAUAGAAAUAAGAAAUCUGGACAACCUUGUGCUCGAUAUAAACAAAGUAUUCACAAACCAGUCAUUCGUUAAAGAUUCAACAAAGACAGACAAACCCGAUUUCAAAAGCUCUUAAUGUUAACGAACUUUGCAGUAAAAUAGAAUGCCAAACCGCAAAGCUAGUAUUGAUGUUUUACUAAAUCAUCGGGGGCGUAUGUCACAGCUAAUGUAGGGCUGUCCUUUUACAAUUCAAUGUAAUGGCCAUAGAGUCAGAGAAUCUGAUUGUGUCAAAUGUUUAGGCCUAUGUAUAGAUUAGUUUCUCUCAUGCGAAAAUAUUGUUUAAAGCAGCACACAGAAAGUAAAUGUCAGACUUACAUUUUAUGCAGAAAUGUGUUUUGUCUAAAUUUACAGGUCAUUUUAAUUAAGCAUGUUCAUCUUUAUAUAGUGGUACUGACGAGCAAGUUAAACGUACAGGGGCAAGUAACACAAACUGAAGUUGUUUUGAAUCUUGGUUCUACCGCCAGCAUUCAUUAUCUUCACCUUUCAUUUUAGACAUUUUGGGUAUGUUAAGAAUUGAUGAAAGAGCUACUUGAUUAAGAUUGAAUCAUAAUUUUGAUAUGCUUAAUAAUAAAGCACCAAAUUAUCUCUGUUAAAAGUACUACCAAUAAGAAGUGAUUCAUACCUACGAUAAAAGGCAAAGAAUUUUCUUGGAUUGUUUGCAAUGCCAUUAAGGAUUUGAAUGUUAUGCCUUUAGAAAUAAAAAGAAAACAGUUGACAACAAGGCAAAGAUUUGAGAAAGCUGUAAACUCGGUAUUAGCCAAGGGAUGUUAUAUAAUACCAUGUCCAGGUUUGUUAAUACUUAUUUUUGUGCGAUAAAAAUAUACUCUUCUGAUGUAAAAUAUGAAAAAUGUCAUUUUAAACACAUUAUGCAACUAUUGAUUAAAUCCUGUCAAAAUUGCAUUACUAAUAUUGUAUGGUUUAUUAUUUGUAUGCUCAUUAUUAUGUACAGUGUAAUUAAAAGGACCGCAUAGGAAGUCAGCUAAUUUCAAUAUGCAUGGAUUAUCCUUAAUAUAGGAUUAAACAAUUUUUAAAAAAAAAGAAUUUAUCGAUGUGUAAACUCUGGGAAUUUUAAGUUUGAUAGUAAAAUGUCCAGAGGUAACACAUCGAUAGAUUCUUUAAAAAAUGUUUGAUUCUUAAAAUUCAAAUCGUUCCCUGUGUUAUCAAUUUUAAAAAUUUGAUUGGUUUCCCUGCAUUAUUUUAUUUUUUCAGGCGCGUAUAUAUACAUAGCGUUUUUGGAUUUAUUAAUGUGUAAAUUAUCGUUUAGAUUUAUUUUGUCCAAUCAAAACAAUUGUAAUAGAUAACAUUGUAAUUAUGUUAUGAUAUCAUGUUUUUUAUUCUUUACCUGUUACAUUUGUGUGGUGCUAUAGCUUAUGUCAGAUUUCAAUUUGUUAUUUCAAUUUCAUAAUCAAAACAUUCUUUGAUAUCUUGCAGCUGUAUAAAUUGAAAUGAAAUAAAAAAGGAGUUAUUAGUGAC